ACUCUGGAGGAUUCGGGUUUGGCAAAGAGCACCUCACGAUUGCACAUUCGGUUAUGAAUUUGCUCUGGGGACGUAUGCGGAUCUUCAUUUGCAGGCCUGCAGUGUCGUUGGGUCAGGCCGGAGCACAUCGCUGAUUGCUCAUUCAUUGUAUUCCGCCUCCGCGGCGGAUUUGAUCGUAUCCCAACAGGUUUCAUCUAGUUUCAUAUGGGUUCGAACUCAGGUCUCCAUUUCAAAAGUUUGUUUAUGGGUGUGUACCGACUGAGCGAGGCCCAUUGGUACCCCAGCAGGUUACUUCUUCAUUUAGAGCUGCAGUUUGAAGGGGGGCCAAGCGACAGAGCCUGGGGGUGCCAAAUUGCCAAAUUGUCCUCGAAGACUGGAACGUGGAUGCCAAAUUGCCGAAUUGUCCUCAAGGACCGGGGAAGCGACAGAGGCUGUGGAGUGUGAAGGAGGGAGUGUGGAUGCCAAAUUGCCAAAUUGUCCUCGAGGAGUCAAACGUCGUGCAAAAGUACGAAGUCGCCCAUCUGCCUCCCGUUCUCUGUCUCAGAAUAAGAUGUAAGCUGGCCGGCUGAGAGGAGCACAGCUCGGAAAAGAAAAGGCGGCCGACAUUCACGCUCGUUUCUAGGCACCAUAGCCGCCGGAUUAAGUACCGCUUUCUUUCUCAAGGACACUAUGGGAAGACGAAGGCUGAGCGAGCAAGAUUCCACCUGGACUUUCGCCGCAUGCGCCAGGUGGCACUUGCGUAGGAGGCCUGCGCCUUCUAGGACAUGCAUGGCGGUCGCUGUUGCUGCCGUUAUGCUACUCUCUGUGUCAACGUGCUGCGUUUCCGCUGGUGCUGGUUCGGCAAAGGAACGUUCCACAAGCAGUAGCCGUGGGAGUGAUGGUACAACCGCGGAAAGCGAUGGAUUGCACUUGAAAGCGGAGGAACCGUACAGUGAGGAGGAUAAGACGAUAAGGAGGCCGGAGUCGUGCCUCUCGCCAAAUGUACGACAAAUGAACAUCGAGUAUGGUGAAGCGUUGCUGAGGGAGAUCCCUUGCGGCGCCGUGUACAUGGGUUUGCUCGACAAGGAUGUUGCGUUUCAAGAUGGGAGCAUUUCGAGCUUGCGAAACUUUUCGCCGCUGCUGGUGUACUCCAGAGAAGAUAGUGGGAGUGGGUAUCUGGUGCAUCGCUGGACCCAACGGCGGACCUGCACGUUGCCCCAAGCAUUAGCGUCAUUUUUCUCUGGAGUGAAAGGGAUAAAGAAGGAGCCCCGUGCGCUUCUGGCAUCGUCUGCUCGGUCCGUCUCCAUCAUGCAUGGCGGCGUUGAAGUCACACGCCGGCUUCUCAUGAACAAACUUCGAUUGGUUGAGCAUCGGCGUAAUGUUGAUGUCGUCUUUAGCGUGGAGCCCGUGGGGCGUCGGUUCGACCACUGGUCCGAUGCAGGUCUUAUCCUUCGGCUGCUGGAGGGGCAACAAGCCAACACGACUAGUGGUGGUAAGGACCGGUACGAUUGGUUAAUCUGGAUAAACAACGGUGUGUUGGUGUUGGAUCUUGAUCUGGACCUUCUGCUUCAUGAAUACGACGAAGGACCGCACGAUCUCGUCGUGGUUGGGAAGGAAGACCAGGUCUUUAGCGAUCGUGGGGAGAAGGUAAACGCGACGGCGCUUAGUGCAAGGAUUAUGUUCCUUAGGACGACUCCUUGGUCCCUGGAACUUCUUCGCACAUUAUUGGACCUCGGCGACAACGAUUGGGAGAAGAAGACGUAUGAGACGGUCGCGUCGCGACUGACGGGAAUGCAUUCAAUGCUCAGCUUUGACUCUGUGCUUCUCUAUCUUCUGAAUGCGGACGUAGCACCGUAUCGGUGGCGCUCGAAGGUCAAGCUAGUAGAGUGUCCAGGGAGGAUGAGCGGUUCGUUUCAGAAAAGGCAGCAGCUGGCGGAGUCCAUGGGGGUGAUGUUAAUACCUUGCCAACCGUACUCUCCACUGGCUUUGUGGAUUUCAGUCGCUGUGAGUUCUUUGAAGGAGAAUUUGGAGGAUCAGUUGGCCAUUACGAGCAAUGCGUCGCCGAUCUCUGUAGGCUUUAUGAUUUCUUCAUGCACUGAGCUGUUUUUUUUUUUCCCCACCCCCCUCGGGAACCGGCAAUCCGGUUCCGGUUCUCACGAUCGGUUAAACCACCAGCAUCUCCAGGUUUUUAGGCCGUUAACGCGCUGGCUGAAUCGGUGCGUCACGUGGGUCCAUGUGCAUUUGCGUCAGAGCCUUUCCAGAGGGGGCCUAAGACCCCCUGGGGGUGGGGUACUGGUGGUUUUAACCAAGGAUAGAACAAUGGUCUGUUGGUGACGAAUGUGGAUGUUAGACCACCUGCUUCAUCAAUACGAUGCAGGACCGCUCGAUCUAAUCGCGGCCGAGACAGAAGAUAAGGUCUAUAGUGGUAAUCAGGAGAAGGUACAGGCAGCGGCACUUAGUGCAAAGACUAAGGCUCCUUAGAGCGAGUCGUUGGUCAGCAGAACUUCUUCGCGCGGUAUUGGUUGCACCUCGGUGACAAGAAACUAGUGGCUGUGUCACGGCCACAAAUCCCACGCCACUCCACGUGCCCGCGCUCAGUCAGCGCAAUCCACUAGCAUGACGGAAGGUACGGUCCCGAUCCUCGCUGGCUGCAUACGCAGGCGAACGGCGAGCCAGCAAGGCUGUGUUGUGCAUUGUCGUGUUCGCUAUUCACACAACUCCAAACGAAAAGCGUGACUGUGGCAGAGACUGUUUUGUAACUGUUUUGUCCGACUUUCUCCGACUCGUCAGGAGACGGAGCUCGAGGAAAGUGUGUGACUCGUCAGGAGGCGGAGCUCGAGGAAAGUGUGUGACUCGUCAGGAGGCGGAGCUCGAGGAAAGUGUGUGCCCAGGAUGCAUUUGACUGAUGGAUAAGGAUAUUACCCAGAGUUUAAAAAAAAAAGAAGAAAAAAAAGCGAUACCCUUGAGAAGUUGAGACAGAAAAAUGGUAGACUUCCACGCAGAGUCUCAGACCAACCCCCAACGCCCGGGUACUAGUAGUGUCUGCUUGUACCAGCGCUACUACCAAUAGAACGCGCGGUCAUUAUAGCUGUAUCUGGACUGGAAAUUGCAACAAAUACGGCUGUAACGACUGGGCGUUCUAUUCGAGUGAAGAAGGUAGUGCAGGAGGGUGUUUUCAUUAAAAAAAAAAAGUCUCAGACAAACAAACCCUGCAAUCCUAGCAGGCUGUCGGUGCUGUAUACCCCUGACAAGAACGGCAGUUGUUAGCAAAAGUGAGAUCAAGAGCAUCAGUCCACUCCACAGCAUUCCAAAUGUAUCUGUACCUGGUUAUGGUCCCAAUUACGUUCAAAUAUGCUUGAUCAGUGCAAAUGUAUCUGGUCCGUGACACAGUCCGUGUACGUCUCCAAUGUCGAGUAGUAGAACAAAGCCCCUAAUCAUUU